AUGGCGUCCGUGUCGUCGCUGGAUAAAGACUUGCGCAAGAUGCGCCUUGAGAAAUACUCACCAGCUGCUGCUAAUGAAGCUCGGUCAUGGAUCGAAGACAUUCUGGGAGAGAGACUUCCUUCGUCCGAUCUCCUCGAAGGACUAAAAGAUGGAGUUGCUCUAUGCAAACUCGCCAAUCUCGCCCUACCACCUCCUGGGGUUCGAUUCAAGCAAUCCGCCAUGCCCUUUGUACAGAUGGAGAAUAUCUCGCUAUUUCUCCGUGCCUGCCAAUCUCCACCACUGAACCUCCACCAACAUGAUACAUUCCUGACCGUCGAUCUUUUUGAGCAGAAAGACCCAGCGCAAGUUCUGCAAUGUAUCGGCGCAUUUAGCAGAGCGGCCCAUGCUGCUAAUCCUCAUAACUUUCCCACAUCGAUUGGACCUAAAAAUCGACCUGAAACGGUUACUCCGCAAGGAACAGGUUCAAGGACACCUACCGGGACACGCGACAGGGGCGCAUCCGUUACGAGCAACAAGUCGCCUGCCUUCGGACGCUCUGCUGCCCUACCACAUCGAACUGGCGAUUCGGGAUCUGGGCGGUGGAGUCCUACCAAGAGUCCUACCCCGAAGAAUGGGCCCGAGUCUCCUGGCGCCGUUAGCAGCUGGAGCAAAAAGGAGCACGAAGGGACUACUGCACCCGCUUGGAAUAUUGCACAGUAUGGUUACUUAGGGGGCGCCAGCCAAGGUAAUCUCGGUAUAUCGUUUGGUGGUAGGCGACAGAUCACCAAUGCUGGUCCCCGCGUGCCGACUCUCGCUGAGAAGGAGCGCCGUCGAAAAGAGGAGGAAGAGCGCGCUCGCCGUGAAGCGGAAGAAGAGGAGAGGCAGCGAGCUGAAGAGGAGGAUCGCGCCCGGGUUGAGGAAGAGCUCAGAUGGGAGCAGGAAACCGAACAACUCCGAGAAAAGGAGCGGCAAGCUGCCGAAGAAGAGAAACGGAAAUGGGAGGAGGAGGAACGGCAAUGGAAACUGACAGAGGAGAAACGGCGUAAGGAGGAGGAAGAUGCCGAAGCCCGACUUGCCGAGGAACGUAAAAGCGUGAAGAAUCGUGGUGAUUCUAAGCUGACUGGGCAAUUCCUGAGUCAGUAUCGAGCCGACCAAGGAGCAUCACAACAAGACGGCGCUUCCGAAGAUGAAUACAAAAACCGUGUGAAGCAGUUGGAGCAAGAGUUGGAGCUCGCUCGACAACGAGAAGCCGAGUAUGAGCGAGAGCGUCAAGAGAGAGCUCAACGUCAAGGGAGCAUAGAGACAAAGCCAACUCCUAAGCCAAAGCCCAAGCUGGUGUCCAGUCCUCCAACACGUUCUGACUCAUGGUCUAAAGACGAGCGAGAAGUUCUGAGGACUCGGUCUCCUUUCAACAGGGAACCCCUUCAAACAAACAACGGUCCUGCAUUGCCCUCAAGGUCACCUCGCCCCUUGCCUGACCCGACUGCCCUUCCACAGGCCAAGUCACAGAACACGAGCAGCCGGCCCCUCCCGGAUCCCGCCACAUACUCCCCGAAGCCUACGCCCGCCGCUCCCAGCCGUACCGACCGCUUUCUAUCAAGUCAUCCAGCCCCUUCACCACCUGCAGCCCAGGCGACUUAUUCACGCGAACUGGGUGCCACAGCUGAGCGUGAUGCCGAAGACCAGCGCCGUGCCCAGAGCCAGAAUAAAACUAAGGCAGGGGGAUGGGCCUCUAAGUCACUUCUGGAACGAGAGAUGGAGAUGGAACGCCAACGGCAGCGAGAGUGGGAAGAGGCACAGAAAGAGACUGCUGCGGCGGUGCGCUCCAAUGAAGGUGUAGACGGAAUCGGCGGUGGUAUCGGUGGCCGGUGGGAUGUUGGGCAGUGGGCUGGCUAUACAGGUGGCGACAGCCAGAAUAAGGGGUCAGUGGGCAUCGGAGCUGGUCGAAGACAGAUCGUGGGACCUCGGCCGCUUCCUGAGCAACCAAGGUAA